AUAUAUAUAUAUAAACACAUAUCUUUGUAUAUAUAUAAAUCUGUUCAAAUCUGCUGCAGGAAAAGAAAUAGCGUAGAUGAAUUGUGUGAGAGAAGACUAUAAUUGUUCGUUGUCGAUCUUUGGCCUUUGUGAUGCUCAUAUGCUGUCGUUGAACUUCGGCAUUAAAGAAGAAGGCAACUAGAGUUAAUCGUCGGUGCUCCUAUUUUGUAGUUAAUGAGAUUGGAUGGUGAGAUCUCAUUAAUUGGGCGUAUUUUUUAUGUUCCUGAAAAUUUAUUUCUAAUUUAGGCUAAACAGCUUCAACAUGUUAUCUAAAAAUUCAUCUUAAUUCUCAAUUUUUUCUAAAAAUUAAAGAUUGAAAAAAUAUGACCAAACAUGUUUUCCAUGUGUCUGGACACAUACCAAACAUAACCGUAGAUUCCAUGUCUGAGUCAUCACCACCAUCUCUCUCUGCUAUGCUCGGCUCUAUCCAUCUCUCUCUCUCCUUUCUUCGCCUAUAAAUAGCUUUGUUCACCACAAUGCUAAAGCCUUGCAUUUCGAUCAUUCCAACUCAUAGACGAAAAGAAUCUCCAAAUUAUCAUCUCUGAUUCUCACUCUCUUUCAAAUUCAGCUCAUUUUCUUCUUCUUCUUCUUCGAUUAGCCAUGGAUUCUUUCAGUAAUGCUCGUCGUGAUUCGUCUUCUCCUUUCGACUGCAUCAUCUUUGAUUUAGAUGAAACUCUAUACUCCUCCAAGAUAGGGAUUGGCGAAGCAACCAAAAGAAACAUUGAUGAUUUUCUUGUCCAGAAAUGUGGAUUUCCAGAGACAAAAGCUUCAACGCUGCGUAUCGAGCUCUUUAAAACUUACGGAAGCUCUCUCGCUGGUUUACGAGCAUUGGGAUAUGAUAUUGACGCUGACGAUUACCACGGUUUCGUGCACGGAAGGUUGCCGUACGAUUUGAUCAACCCAGACGCCAAACUACAAAACCUUUUGCGCAGUAUCAAUCAACGAAAAAUCAUUUUUACGAAUUCAGAUAGAAUUCAUGCGACGAAGGUGUUGGAUCGUCUUGGAAUCAGAGAUUGUUUUGAAGAGAUCAUAUGCUUUGAAACUAUGAACUCUAACCUCUCCAAAUCGACUCGUCCCGAUGAAUUUCCCGUUGUUCUCAAACCUUCAGUUGACGCCAUGAAGACAGCUCUUGACGUCGCUGUAGUCGAUCCUCGUCGUACGUUAUUUCUUGAUGACAGUGUCCGGAACGUUGCCGCUGGCAAAGCCGUGGGGCUUCGAACUGUUUUGGUUGGAAAAACUGUGAAGAGCAAGGAGGCCGAUUAUGCGUUGGAAACAGUCCAUAAUUUGGUUCAAGUAAUUCCAGAAAUAUGGUUUGGCGGAGAAGAUGAGAAGACACUCAGCCGGACCAGAAGCGAAAUCGACUCUCUUGUCACAAUCACCACGGUUGGGGCUUAAAGAAAUUCACGGCAAAGGGAACCAAGUACUGGCAUUUCGUGAAUGUAUAUGUUUGUAUAUCUUUGAAUAAUGUAUGCAUAAAAAUAAGUGUUUGGUUGUGUAUCACAAGUAAUGUAAUAAGUGCAUGAGUGUUGGUUGUUCAAGGACUUCCCUUAUUGUUAUUAUAUACUUUACAUCCUUAGUGAUGCUGCUUGAAUCGCAUCUACUUAUUUAAUCAUUCAUAAUAUUUGGAUUGAUAAUGAGCCUUGAGGUGAGGGAAUGCACCAACGAUAAAGGCUCAGUUCCGCUCCCAAGUUGUUGUGGGUUCCAACUUCAUCCCCUCUCCCUCAAAAAAAAGAGAUAUAUA